AUCAGCCCGAUCAGCCGUCGGUGAAUAAACAGAGACAGUCGUGUGAGGAGUACUGUGUGACAUUGCGUCUAUUUCUCGAUUUCCAAACUUCUCAAACAAGUUUUUCGAGUUUUGCACUAUGCUCGGAACCCCUUUACGCCCCGGCUCGCCGCUUUGCAAUGUGCUCGCGCGCACGCUCGUCUGCAGUGCUUUCCUGUAAAGUGUAACCUGCGCGAUCACAGUUCAGUCAGAGCUCGGAGCGCGCGAUGACGACCCAGGAGAGCCAGGUCGAGUGCAACGUAAACAUUUACUUCGUCGUGCCGAGUCAACUGAAGUCCGAGGAUGAUUGCGGCGAGCAGAUGUGGCUGGCAUUCAACAAAUGCAAUGAGCUUAGCUUGCAGCCAGAAUGGGUCAGCGAACAGUCUUGCAGUAAGAUGAAUCCGAUAAAAAGCGAUGUAUUUGUAAUAGAGGAAUUCAAAGGCGAUUUAUUUGAUAAGCUGAAGAACUUCAAAUGCUCCAGAAUAGUAUCGCCGAAGUGUCUGCUAUUUUGUUUUAUAAACAGUGAAGCGAUACCGGAAGGAACGAGUCCAAUAUAUACAGUAUCUAUGAGAAAUAUGUGCAUUUGUGCAUCAGGUUUUAAUUCAGAAACUAAGGAUUGGAUACAACAACGAGUCGAAUACAUGGGAGGCUUCUUCAUAAAGCAAUUAAGAAAUUGCGUCACACAUUUGGUAGCUGAUUCUGUGAUGUCCGCAAAGUAUGAGGCCGCUAUAGAAAUGAAGAUACCAAUUAUGACGAAAGAAUGGAUAAAAGUUGUCUGGGAGGCAAAUUUGAAGGAGAUGAUCAGAGCCGAUGACAAGUCUUUCGAUAAAUACAAAUGUCCAGUGUUUAUGAAUCUAAUAGUUACUUCGACAAAUCUUCCCAAACGUCAGAAAGACGAAAUUAAACAAUUGAUACACGAGCACGGUGGAAUAUUCAUGGGUCCUCUCGAUGGAACGAAGGUUCGAGUGGUUCUAGCUUCCGAAAGCGGUCCGGUGAGCGAUAAAUUAAAAUACGCCAUGGAGAAUAACAUUCCCUGUCUGAGGACCGAUUGGCUGUACGAAAGUAUUAAGAUAGGAUACGCUCUACCCUUCCGUAACUUUAUUAUCAAAUCUGUGAAAGCGUGUUCAACACCGGAGAAACCAAACACUCGAGAAUUGCUCAACUAUUCUGAGAUUAGCUCUAUAGCACAUGAUAAACGUGACAACAAUUACGUAGAUGAGACUUUAAGUUCGACGAUAUCAAAUUUUUCCUGCGUACCUCGAGUUUCCUGUGUAACUGGUAAACUCUUCGAUGUCGCUAAGCUACACGUAUUGGAUCGGCUGUCCUUCAACGAGGCAAAAUCAGCUGGGCCAUUUCUGGACGGAUGUAAUAUUUAUCUCGCUGGAUUUAUAACGAGCGUCAGAGACAAACUGAACAGAAUAUUAAACGUUGGCGGUGCGACGCGUCUCGAUGAUAUAUCGGAUGCUGUGACACACGUAAUUGUCGGCGACGAGAGUAGAGCGUCUGCAGAACUGAAAGUGAUAAAAUCGAGUGGUUUAUGUCCUUACAUAUUGAACGUGGAAUGGCUGGAGGAGAGUAUGAAACUGAAACGGCCUGCAUCGGAAGAGCUCUUUUUAUUUGAAGCAAAAGGUGAAGCUAAGAAAAACAUUGAGACGCCUGCUUCACCGCUUAGUAAGAAGAAUUUACAAAUGUUGCAACAACCGAAAAGACCUCCUGUGCCACUUUUCAAUAUAGAAAAAGAACUUUCUACCGUGAACGAAAAUGAACAAUCUGAUCUCGUGCAGCAAUAUUUGCAAGAAGAUCGUAGCAGUGUCAUGCAAGAGUUCACGAAAUCGCCUCGUACGCCAGUUUCGGAAGAUAAAGACCAAGGGAAUGUGAGUAACGUGAAAAGCGCGCGAAACAGUGAGAUUUGUUUAUCGAAUGCCCCACCAUCCAAAAACGAGGAAACCGAUAAUACUGUGCUGCUCAGUCAAAGCAGCACUGUCAACGAAAAGUUGUUCAAAGGUUUAGCGUUUGCCGUAGCUGGUUUUGACAACGAGGACAAUCAUGUGGAGGAGACAAUUGUAAUGUUGGGUGGACGUCUAGUUUCGAGAAGCUAUAUCGGUAUCCCGGAUUACGGCGUUGUGCCUGUGGACGGGGCACCCUUAAAAUAUACGGUUAACGAAAUCGUGAACAAUUUUUUUAUCGAAGAUUGCAUAUAUCAGGAGCAAAUUGUAGACGUCAUGUAUUACCACAGGCCGUUAUCUAUUAGAAAAGCUUGUGAUCCAUUAUCGGGAUGCGUCAUAACGAUGAGCAUGUACACUGGUGCCGAACGAAUGUACUUGUCGGCGUUGGCUACGAAACUUGGCGCUAUAUGUCAAGAUAUGUUUGCGCGGAAAGCUAAUCCAGAGAAGAAUACACAUAGUAGUACGCAUCUGGUUUGCCCAUCCCCGGAAGGAAACAAAUACAACGCGGCUGUGAGAUGGAAAUUGCCGGCCGUAACUGCCGACUGGCUGAAAACCUGCGCGGAUCAGUUAACGCUCGUAGACGAAACCCCGUUUCUCGUCGGAGAAACAAUUGCACCAGAUAAAUCGAAUAUCACUGGCGAAAUGAAUCUCUCGAGCGUACGCGAAAAGGGAAUAGACUUAGCAAAGGAGACCACGCCAAGCAACACACCAAAAAAUCGUUUAUCUCAGAUCAAGGAUUUAGCUUCCAUCGAAACUCCGUUGAUAAACAAGAGGCUCAGUCUAAUGAAUACGCCUCAGUCACCAUUUCACGUGUCCACUCCGGAGACUCCAUACGGACAGGUCUUUAAGCCCAAUCCUUCGCCGAACACGCGAAAAGGGUGGGCGAAAUGGGCGGAUAAUUUUCCGGAUUUGCAAGUGGAAGAACCGCCGAUAAAACGACGCGCACCUAGCACUCCGGUUGCAGAAUUGAAGAGACAGCUUCUGGAGAAACUGAAGGAAGCAAGAAGUCCUGAAAAAAAACGUGAAUCGAAGAAGCACGAGGAGAAUUCUUUUAUGGAAAGAAUCGAAAAGGCUGACGAUCAGUCUAAUAAAACCGCUCCGUCAACUCCCACCUCCACCAAUCAAAAGUUCGAUUUUAGUGAAAAAGGUAGCCCACUGCCAAAUAACGAAAUAAACAUGCAAAUAGCGCAACUGGAUCAAGUGCUUCAACGAACGUCGAAUACUCCUGAAAAUAGAUACUCACUGUCCGGGGAAAAUGCAAAGAAGUAUAAGGAAGCUUCCGAUCAUCUACAAAAAUUAGGUAUAGUAAAGGACUCGCAACCUAUCGACGCCAUUGUAUGGGAGGAUCCGGAUCAUCCAAAGCGGUCACUCUUAGAUAAGCUGUCAAGUAAGGAUAAACAUAGCGAUGAUAUUCACGAAGAACACGAGGAAGACGUUGCGAAACAUGAACCGGAACGUUGCGAACCACCGACAACACGAAAAUUUAUGCUGUCGGGUAUAAAGGAGAAAAAUGCAUGCGAACAAAUGAUAAAAGAUCUGGGCGGAGACGUGUCAGCGGAAGCAAAUUUCGACAACACUUCCACGCAUUUACUGUGCAUGAGGCUUUCCAGAAACGAAAAGAUGCUCGGUAGUAUAGCUGCUGGAAAAUGGGUCCUACAUUACUCGUAUCUACAGGAUUCCGAACGAGAAGGCGAAUUUCUCGGCGAGGAGGAAUACGAAUGGGGCAAUCCGAAGAGCAAAGACAGGAUUCCAGAGCCAAAUGGCGAGAUGGAGAAUGCGAUCGCGGCCGCGGCUUACAGGUGGCGAUUGAAAUUGCAGAAGGAGCUGAACGACGGUCCAUUUUCCGGUAUGGUAGCUCUGCUGAUGAUCGCCAAGGAGAAAUACGAUCAGUUCAAGAGAUUGAUCGAAGCCGGCGGCGGCUUGGUCGUACAAGCAAGACCGCCCUACGAUGCCAGUCCGUCCGGACGCAAAAUCACACACUGUUUCGUUAAUGUGAAACAGGUAAAUCAGCCUAUAGACUGGGCUAUGUUAGCUAGCAAGGGGAUCCUCUGCUUCUUGCCGCAGUAUCUCAGCGAUUAUCUGACUGCAGUGGUGCCGCUCAAUCCGCGGAAUUGCGUACUCCCAGAAUUCAAGAAAUAUCUGACGCUUCUGCCCAAGUAGCCAGGUCAAAAUUAUGCUUAACUUUACAGACAAUCAUGUGUCGAGCAUACCAAUUCGUUAAAAUACGUGGCAUACGAUAGUGUACAUAGCGAAUUCAUGAGAAUCAUUGUCGAAGAGCUCGAAAUAAAAGUCUCUUUUACAGAAAACAAUUAAU